AUGUUGACUAUUAAGUACCAUAAUUUUCCUAUACUUUUACAGAAAAUAGGUGCACGAUAUGUGUUCUGGGGCGUCAUCUUGUUGUUAUGUUCCCCGACCCCAGGGCGUGGACAUGUUGAGGAGCCAGAUGGGGAUGACCUUUGCGGGGGACAAUGUUCCUGUAGAGCAACAAUUGUUCGUUGUUUUGAGUUGAUACACGUACCCAAAAGGUUUCCUCAAAACACCACAAAAAUCUUCUUCGAACAACUGGUGACGGAGCUGAUACCGGCUGAUGCAUUCAGAAGCAUUCCCAUGGUAAAAACUAUUGAGUUCAGUCGUAGUAAUAUUGGACGUAUCGCAGGCUGUGCCUUCGAGGGGUUACCUUACCUAGAGGAUCUUUAUGUGAUCAGGACUGUCAUUGGUUCUAUUGCUACCAUGGCAAUAAGUAACAUCGCCACGCCCACUUCGGUCGUUCUACAGUUGACCACGGUUACCACUUUGGAAACUGCCGCGUUCUCUCACCUGACUAACCUCACUAUGUUUCAGAUUUCAAAUUGUACAAUUCACGAGAUAGAUCCGAACGUGUUUAGUGACAUUUCUAAUGUAGAAAAAGGAUUUGUUAUAACCAGAACGAGGCUAAUACAUUUUAGUGGACCUUUCCUUCACGACAUGCAGUCAGUGGGAAAAGUCACUUUCACAGAAAAUAGGAUGGAGACAUUCCCAUGCCUUGCUCUGGAUAACAUCGUAUCGACUGUCAACCAGCUUGCUAUAUCUGACAACUACAUCAACUGCACAUGCGUACAGCUAGGUGGAAGUGAGCAUUGGACAGAGCACGAGUAUGUAAAGAGACAACUUAUGAAUAGUAUGUGUUUUGGAUUAGAGACGGAACAGGAAAUGACCGUUAAAGAGAAACUGGCCAAAAGCUCGUGCAAAGAGACAAAAUGUCCAGCAUUCCAGGCCAGAGACAUAUCACGGUUAUCCUGUAAACCCGAGAGAAUUAGGAGAAAAAACAAUAACAAUGACGAUGACAUAAAUGCUGGAAAUACCUCACAGCUGACGACACAAACAUUAACUCUGAUUGUUUUGGUGACUUUAUUCUUAUCCACCAGACAACAUUUCUGA